CCCUGAUUAUCGAGUUCUGUGAGAUCUGCAAAACAAUAGAAGAAGGGGAGCCCCUCUCUUCCUCCUUCCCUCUGUGCCUUUUAAAGAUUUGUAAAGAGAGCCUGAAAGAGAAGUGCCUCACUUGGAUCUAGAUAUAUUUCUCCCUUCGUUAUCUAUCUACCCAUAUCUUUAUCUAUCAGAUAUGAGGAUUCGCAAGAACGCAAACAUCUCCUCCCUCAUGUUCUCGCACGCUUCAGGGCCUGAGGCGCUGCAGACGCACGUGUGCCAGCUGAACCAGUCGCCAUGGGAUGUGAUUCCUUUCGCUCAAGAGACAUACCCAUCUUCCCUUCACCAGUUCGAAGGAGAAGAUAGCUUUAAUGGAAAUGGGAGCUUAGGUGAUUCUAUUGGUGCUGUGGAGAGCAGCGUCGCGUCGUUAAUGGAAGACGCAGAAGAUAAGGCAGCGAUAAAGAUGAGGGUCGAUAACAUGGUCAUCGACGAUAAUUAUGAAAUGGAAAGGAUCCCAGAGAAGAAGAGAGUGUUCAACGAUUACGGAGAGAUGAAAAUAGGUAACGAAUUCAAGUUCAAGAAAGGCGAGAAAAUCCACUGCUGCAACAAGAGCGAUGGCAAGGGCUGGCAUUGCAAGAAUGAGCCGAGAGAUGGUCACUCUAUGUGCGACCAUCACUUGCUCAAAUCCUAUGCCAGCAACGAUAAUGUUACUUGCUGUCUUGGUCUCCCUACUAGUCCGUCAAGCAAGAAACAAGAAAAGGCUAUGACUGGGGGUCGCCGGGGCCGGACAAAAGCAUCCAAGAAAGGGCCAUCAUCAAGCUCGAAUCCUUAUGAAUUUUACUAUUAUUCUGGGUUUGGGCCACUAUGGGGGAAGAGGAGAGGGGAAGGGAACAAAAGCGGGGUUAGAGAAUCUGAGAUUGACGGCAUUAACAUUGCUACUAUGUCCUCGCCUCAAAAUACGACGCCGUCUUCUACUCCUCGAAUUGAAAAUCGCGAAGAGUUCGAUUAUGUGGAUGAUUACGACGACGACGAGGAUAGCGAAAAUGGUGAUAGCGGGAAGAAGAGGAUGCGAAAACCAGUGAAGGCAAGAUCCUUGAAGUCCCUCAUGUAAACAAUAAAAGAGGGUUUUGGGGGCCAAGGGAAAUUCAGCUGCUUCUUGUUUUUAUUAUUUCUGUGUUUAUUAUGCGUUGUUGUUGUCGGUUUUUUUUUUAAGCUGCUUGUGAUAAUUUUGGUGCAUAGUUUGUUGUGUUGUGUGGCGAGUGAGAUUAGAAAUUCUCUGUAACAUGACAGUAGGAGUAAGUAUAGCGUGUGAGCCGAGCAGACUUUAAGAUUGUAUUAUUAGUCAACCCCUUAGAGAUGGAGGGUAGUAUCGUAAUUGACUUUUCUUGUAUUUUUAUCUUCCGACGGGUUGCGUAGAUCCUUUAGGUCCGCAUUCUGUAGUGACGUGGCGCAUUAUAUGGUAGCUGAUUAUUAAAUAAAU